AUUCCGUGCCAGUGUGUAAGCGAACCCUUGCAGGCGAGCCGUUCGUUUGCCUGUCAGUUAGUUUGCUAACAUCUUUCCUGCCUGCAGAAUUGACCAAAAUCAAAGAAAUGUCUUCAGAGCAGACAUUUUCAGGACCAGAGCCUGACCAACACAGACGCGUAUCUGUUAAAUCAAAUCCUGGAUUUCUGGAGCGUCUGAGUGAAACGGCAGGAGGAACAGUCGUCGGCGUUGGUCUGUUCUUCCUCUCCAUCUACGUUCUCUUCACUAAUGAGGGUCGAGCUUUGCAAACUGCCUCUUCUCUGGAUGAAGGUCUCUCUCAGGUGAAGUCGCUGGGCUCUUAUCCAAUCCUCGACCUGCAGAACAACGACCACUUAGUUCAUCUAUCUGCAGAGCUGCAAACCCUGAAGCCCCUCCAUGACCCCAGCUACAGGGUGGUGGUCCAGGCCGUGAAGCUGCAGCGGCAGGUGGAGAUGUACCAGUGGGUGGAGCAUCGUGAGAGUAGGGAUUACCAAGAGAAUGGAGAAACCAAAACUGAGACGACCUACACCUACAACACUGAGUGGAAAUCAGAGGUGGUUAACAGUCGUAACUUCGAUAAGGAAAUCGGCCACCAGAACCCGAGCGCCAUGCCGGUGGAGAGUGUGACAGUGGUGGCUCAGGACGUCCGAGUGGGACCUUUGAUUCUGUCCAAAGGCCUGGUGGAGCAGAUCAAUAACUUCCAGACUCUGAGUCUGAAGGAUCUCGCAGUCUUUAAUCUGGAUCCUUUCCUCUCCAUCCACGAUGAUUACUUCUAUCACACUCAGUUCCCGCUCCGGCCACAGGUCGGGGACGUCCGAGUGAGGUUCUCCUUUGCUGGACUGAGUGGUGAGAACAGUCACCUCGGCCCGCCGCUAACUGUGAGUAUCAUAGCCAAGCAGAAAGGAGAGAAAUUGUUGCCCUUUAAGACAAAGUCUGGAGACUUUCUGGAAAUCAUCUACCUGGAGGAGCUCACUGCAGAGGAAGUGUUCGCCAAGGAGCAUCAGUACAACAGAAUGAAGACGUGGGGCCUGAGGGCUGCAGGCUGGUUCCUCAUGUUCGUUAGUAUUCAGCUGACCACACGCAUCCUCUUCACUCUGGUGGAUUGGGUUCCUCUCCUCAGAGAUCUGGUGUCUUUCGGCCUGAAGAUCUUCGCCCUGUGCCUCUCCUGCUCGCUGUCUCUCCUCGUCAUCGGAGUCGGUUGGCUUUUCUACAGACCGUUGGUGGCGGCCGCUCUGGGAGCCCUCGCUCUGCUUCCAGUGUUUCUGGCUCGUUCAGGCCUUCCCCAGAAGAAGAACGAAUGACUAUCGCAGUGAGGAUUCGACUUGGGUUCAGCUUGACUGUAGCUGUGCAGCAGAAAACUCAAGACAAUGUUACGCAGCUACUUUUGGAACUCCAAAACUUUAGAAUAUUUCUGCACAAAAUGAGUCUCACAGAAGCAGACGGAGGAGUUUGUUGCCUUCACCGAUCACUAAUCUGCGACAUGAAGCAUAACAAUGCCUCACUCUGCCAAAUAAGACAGACCCUACUUUAUUUUGAGUGUCAACAUAACUCAGCAGGCAGGUGUCUUGUUAUCUCACUUGGUGGUGGAUGUGGCUUUGUAUUUCAGUCACUCAUGGACACUUGCUACAACAACAAACUUUAAAUUGAACGGGUUUCAUACCCAUUAUUCUACGGCCAAUUUUUGUUUUUUUCCAGCAGUACAACCACUAAAGUUUAAUUUGAAAUUUCUGCUGAUAUUUCUCUAAAUAUGAGUCUGCAAAAAACCUAAACUGUAAGAAUGGAUGAAUGAAUGCAUAAGUGGAUGGAUUGAUUGAUGGAUGGACAAAUGAUUGAUUGAAUGGAUAAAAAUAAAAGGAUAAACAGACAAAUGGAUUGAUGGAUGAAAAUGUGAAUUUUGGAAUUGUUUGGAGUGGCGGAUGGGAAAAGCUGGAAGGAUUAAAUAUUUUUUACUCCUCCAGAUUUGGAGGUGUAUGGAAAACAUAUUAAAGUUUUCUCCAGACAUACUGAUAAUGUUAUGGCUUGUUUAGAGGAUUUACUUUGUGUUGCUUUUCAACUGGAUCACAUGCAGAAUAUGUGCAAAAAAAUGGGGUCAAGAUAAACAAACUAAAUGUUUACAGUCAGAUGUCACAUUUAUAAGUUGUUGAAUUGUUUUCAGGGAUGGGAUUAGACUAGUUCAUGUCUGUAUUUAUGGAAGUUGGUCUUAUAAUUAAGUUUGGGUGUCUUUUAAAGAUGCAGAGUUUUUCUUGAACCAUAAAACAUAGAUGGUACAAUUUUCCUAGCUCACAUAAACCAGAAGGUUCUUUAAAUCAAAAGCUUUACCAGAUCUUUUUGUUUCUCUGGUGCAGGUCUGAUAAUCAGGGAAGAAAUUGGUCUACAAAAGUAAGCUUCUCCAUUUGCAUCUAUGUACCAACAUGUGAAGCGUUACUUUGUGUGCUUGUUUACUGUAUGCCUAAUUUAUAAACUGCAAAAACGUAAUGGGGGAG